GAUCUGCUGGCGUUCCCGUUUCGCAGAUCUCACAGUACCUGGAUGGGACUGACGUCGCUUCCUCGGCCAUGACCGCUGUAGGCGGUUGGAGCUCCGAAAGUGUGGAAACGUAGCCGUUCCUCGAUGCACGGAGCAGCGGCAGCAGCUGUCAUGUGAAUCAGCUGGACGAACAAGGAAGGAGAUAAACAACAAAACGAGACCGAUUCUUUAAUUUGAGGUUGUAGUAGGUGAGGUGGCAGGAUGGCGGGAGCAGGGGUAUGUAGCCCUGCAAACCCCACCUGCAAAAUAAUGACCUUCAGGCCCACGAUGGAGGAGUUUAAAGACUUUAACAAGUACUUGGUCUAUAUGGAGUCCCAGGGUGCACAUCGUGCCGGCUUGGCAAAGGUCAUUCCUCCUAAAGGCUGGAAACCUCGGCGUACGUAUGACGAUAUAGACAACCUGAUGAUCGACGCUCCCAUUCAGCAGAUGGUGGCCGGCCAGUCGGGGCUCUUCACUCAAUACAACAUCCAGAAAAAGCCUCUGAGUGUGCAGGAGUUCAGACGGUUGGCCAACAGUGACAUGUACUGUACACCUCGCUACCUGAAUUACGAAGACCUUGAGAGGAAAUACUGGAAAAACCUCACGUUUGUGUCGCCCAUAUAUGGUGCUGAUGUCAGUGGGAGUCUCUAUGAUGAGGAUGUGGAGGAGUGGAACGUCGGCCACCUGAACUCCAUCUUGGACGUCAUUGAAGAGGACUGCGGGGUGUCCAUACAGGGGGUCAACACUCCGUAUUUAUACUUCGGCAUGUGGAAGACCACCUUCUCCUGGCACACUGAAGACAUGGACCUGUACAGCAUCAACUACCUUCAUUUUGGAGAGCCCAAGUCCUGGUAUGCCAUCCCUCCUGAGCACGGGAAAAGACUGGAGCGUCUGGCUACAGGUUUCUUCCCAAACAGCUUCAAAGGAUGUGAGGCUUUUCUCCGUCACAAGAUGACUCUAAUCUCCCCGUCCAUACUGAAGAAGUAUGGAAUUCCCUUUGAUAAGAUUACUCAGGAAGCCGGGGAGUUUAUGAUCACCUUCCCGUACGGGUACCAUGCUGGAUUCAAUCACGGCUUCAACUGUGCCGAAUCCACUAACUUUGCCACCGUCCGCUGGAUUGACUACGGCAAAGUGGCCACACAGUGUACAUGUAGCAAAGACAUGGUGAAAAUAUCCAUGGAGCCCUUUGUGAAGCGCUUCCAGCCGGACCGGUACGCGGCAUGGAUGCUGGGCAAGGACUCCGCCGCCAUCGACCACACCCUGGCCACCCCGAGUACAACACCGGAGCUGCAGAGCUGGUUGCACAGGCGCCGGAAGACCAAGUCUUCCAGUAAAGGCAGUAGCCACUCUCGCAUGCACUCCAAGCGCCUGCGGACCACGGAAGAGCCAGUUGGACUGGAUGACGGCUUAGCACUAAAGGGAAGCAAAAAGAAAGGUUCUGGCGGUCCGUCUGGACCCAAAGUGCGGAGAUCUGUUACAGGGGCAGCGUGCAGGAAGGAGUCCAAACAAAGCCAGAGUAUAAACUCUUCUCAGCUUUCUGGUGCUUGCAGACAAAUGUGUGUCGUCAAAGUGAAUCGAGUUGAGAGUAAAGGCUUUUCCUUCAAGAGCGACGCGCAGAACUCGCCUGCUUCGCCAUCAAACAACGAGGAAAAAAUAUCCCCGACAGAGAUUCCCGACGUUCCCGGUUCCCCGUCGACAAACCAGAUCCCCGCAAGUCCAACAUCGAAUCCGGAGGUUACUCAGAUGCAGCCUGGAGCCAAAGAGUCGAGGAGUUUCUCCUCUGCAUCGAACUCUCCCCUAGAAGCCAACGGCGUUGGUUUACCUUCCCCCACGAAUAUUUCUACUGAAACUGUAACAGACUCGUCCCCCCUAGAAUCCCAGAUUAAUGGUUCCUCCUCUUUAAGCCGGUGUGUUGGUGCUGACAGCAGCAUGGACAUCCAAACAGAGGAAAUGGACACACUUGUUGACCCCACAUGUAUUAAACAACACUCCACCACAGAAGCACUUUAUAAUCUUAAGAGUGAGCCAGCAGAGGGGGGUAGUUGCACGUCAAAUGCCUCACAACACAACUGCGAGGCCGGGAAAAGACCGGUGGAGGAAAACCUGUUCCCUCCCGUGCUCCAGCAGGCCGCCGUGGACAUGCCUCGACUCACGCUGGAGCCAGAGGACAAGGCUGGAAUCUGCCCUUUGCCCCCGGUGUUAACCCAAGAAAUGCCCUCCCUCACUCCCGCAGACGACGGCGACGACGGUUUGGCUUUCCCCAAGCCGGGCGCCUGCAGCAACCAGGUGGCACCUGUGCUGCAGAGGGAGACUCCGACCGAGCAGCCCGCCCCGCGCCACGCCACAGAGGAAGCGGGAAAACGCGCCGGAGGAAACACGGCUCAUUUGAGCGCUAGUGGUUUGGAGGAAAAAACAUCUGAUCUAAUAACUUCCCCCGUCACUGCAACAAACGAUCCGGCGGACGUGGAAAAACGUGGGGGUGCAGUCCCCGGCCAACUGGCUCGGAGAACUGCGAGUCCAAGAGAACCGCAUCCCAACUCUAAUGAAGACGACUCCAGAGACGCGGUUCAAAUGGAUGGCAACGUCUUGAGUGACACAAACCAGAAGUUCCCGGCUCCUGUCCCUUUAUUAUCCAACCACACACUACCAAAUCUCAGCCACUUCACUACACAGCCCUCCUCCGACUCUCCAUACAUGGAGGCCAAAACCUUCUCCAGUGGAAUCUGGAAAAACUUCAGCUCCCAGGAACCUUCAGCCCUCAUCCAGGGUCUGAACCCAGAACUCCCCUCCGAUUUCUCCCACGACUCGCUAACGUACACCAUGUGGAGCGAACCCCUAUGUAAGCAGGUCACCGACCUGGAAGGCCCGGCACAAGACCUCUGUCGGUCCAAAAACCAGGACGAUGGAGGCGGGGCUCUCACCUGGGCCCAACUGGAGCCCACUUCCCUGCUGUCGAUCGGUGCUAUUGAGCCGCUGGAGCUCUGUGAGGAGUACCAGCCUCAACGAGGAGAGGCAAACAGGGUAGAACAUCUGCCGAAAGGACGGGAGGCAGACGAGAGGAUGUACCCCGAGAUGGUGGUGGUGGCGGCGACAACGGACGCCACAGCGUCCGACACGGAGGAGGACACAUCUGAUGGAGAGGAGCAGCAAAGCAGCGGAAAUGAGGAGAGCAGCAGCAGCUCGUCUGAGGAAGAGGAGGAAAGUGACGAGUCAGGCCGGGAGGCUGGCGAGUACCCCGCCCUCACAAAGAAGACCACCAAAAGCUGGCGCCACCCACUCAGGAAACCCACCGCCAGAGCUGUGCCCACUGCCGUCAAGCAGCAGACCACCAGCGACGAGGAGCCUUCUGAAGCAAGCUUGGCAGAGGAAGAGGAGCAGGAACUGGAGCCGUGGGCAAAGCCUCUUGUUCACCUUUGGCAAAACCGAAAACCGUGCUUUGCAGCAGAGAAAGAGUACAACGCUCACGCGGCCACCAUGCAGCCAUACUGCGCUGUGUGCACGCUCUUCAUGCCCUAUUAUCAGGCUGAGGACAAGGCAGAGGAUUGUAAACCCGCGUCAGCUAAGGACGGCUCCAGAUCGGUUUCUGCGGUGGAGGGCCCGGCCCCUAGGCUGGGGGAGAUGAGGAGGACCAAACCUCUGGUCCCUGAGAUCUGCUUUUCCUUCCGGGAGCAAAACUGUCCCCCGACUCCCACCAACCCGUUACUCCAAGAGGACGGCACCUCUCCUCUACUGUACUGCCAGAGCUGCUGCCUGCAAGUCCACGCCAGCUGCUACGGUGUGGCGGCAGAUGCCAUUCAUGAACAGUGGUUGUGUGAUCGCUGCACGCAGGGAAGCUUCACAGCUGAGUGCUGUCUGUGUAACCUCAGAGGGGGGGCUCUGAAGAAAACCCAAAACGACAAAUGGGCCCAUGUGAUGUGUGCAGUGGCACUGCCGGAGGCGAGGUUCACCGACGAAGUCCAGAAGAGUCCCAUUGACACCAGCAGGAUCCCCGUGCAGCGCUACAAGCUGAAGUGCAUCUAUUGUCGGAAUCGCUGCGCGGGGAGGCGGCAGGCUUGUAUCCAGUGCUCGUGUGGCCGGUGUCCCACCUCCUUUCACGUGACCUGUGCCCACGCUGCAGGUGUGGUCAUGGAGCCCGAUGACUGGCCUUACGUGGUGUCAGUCACCUGCCACAGACACCAGUCAAGGAUUUCCUCAGCUAAGCAGCGUGCGUACCAGGCUCCCGUCUCUCUGGGCCAGACGGUGAUCUCCAAGCACAAGAACCUGCGCUACUACAGCUCCAAAGUUACCCAGAUCACCUCUCAGACCUUCUACGAGGUCAUGUUUGAUGACGGCUCCUUCUCCAACGACACCUACCCCGAGGACAUUGUGAGCAGAGACUGUGUAAAUCUGGGUCCUCCAGAAGUGGGUGAAGCGGUUCAAGUGAAAUGGCCGGAUGGACUUUUCUACGGUGCUAAAUAUCUGGGAUCCAACGUCUCUCAUAUGUACCAGGUGGAGUUUGAGGAUGGAUCUCAGGUGCUGGCCAAAAGAGAGGAUGUCUAUACUUUAGAUGAAGACCUCCCUAAAAAGGUGAAGCGCAGGCUUUCAACAGCUUCCAGCAUGCGCUUUCAAGAUGCCUUCUUCACCACGCAGGGAGAGCGGAAACGACAGAGGACGCCAAAUUCACGCUUCCAGAAUGACUUUGUGGCCCUGCCAGGCCUCCGUACCACUGCCAAAAGCACAUGAGAGCAGCACAGCCACCAAGGGAACGAAACGACGGCAGGAUUAAUGAGAAGCAAACACACUGAAUUAGCAGUGGGUGGACGGUGAGACGUUUGUGUUUCCGAUGAGCCGGUGCUCGGGAUCUUCUUCCAUCCGAACAGCUGAACCCACGCAGCUCUACUGUCAGAGAUGGGAGGAAGUGAUGAAAGGGAACGGCUGACUGUUGACUUUGCUUUAUGCCGCUGAUACGUGUGAUAGGACUCAGUGAGUAACGCCUCGGUCGCCUGGAGAUUUCACAUCCGUCAGGGAAAAUAGACGCGACUCAAACGGUCACGUCGCCCUUUUUUUUUUUCAAUUUUACUUUUAUGUUUUUCCCAGAAGUUAUCUUUUUUAGGCAUCUAUGGUAGUUUAUUUUUCCUUGGGGGAGGGGGGUAUCUUCGGUUCUUUUUGGUCUUGAUUUGACAUGUCCGUGUAUGUUCCUCAUGAUCUCCUCGCAUGUUCAACACUGUCUCCUAACUGCUUGUGCUGGGCCGCGUCUGCCGACACUACACUGGCUUCCUCUUUUUGUCUUCAGUCUGGAACAACUCAAAUCUGCGACUGGUGUAAUUUGAUGAUGUGAACACAGAAAAAAAAAAAAAAAUCUGUCUUAACUGACCCUUUUCACUGUGACGUCAGACAAAAUGGCGACAGGGCCGAAAAUGCAAAUAGUGACUUCGGGUUUAGAACAGGAAAGCUGACAGCUGAUCGCUAUUUAACACAACUUUACGUAAAUAAUAAAAGGUAAUCUUACUAAUCUCAAAAGAAAAAUUUACAAUAUUUAUUUUAGAAUGUCCUGCUGAACUGUAUUUUAAUUUCCUCUCAUAGAUCGCUCACAAAUCAAAAUACAAAUUUGAAUAAUCAGUUUUUCUGAAAAAAUGUACUUUUCAUUUGAGCAGAUAUUAUUCUAACUGCUUGUAUUUUGCUUGAUGUUAUCCGCACGUGUUUUAAGUACAAUCAGCCCAUAAACUGAUGCAAAUUCAUGUUGGCCACACAUAGUAGGUUCACCCAAGAUGCACAUUGCUGCAUGUUGGCCGUGCCUGUUUUAACUGCGCCCAAGGCUAAAUGUAGUUGUUGUAAUCAGAGGUAUUUUUCGGGGUAUUUUAAGGGGUAAUUGUAAAAAAUAGGAGUGCUUUUAAUAGGAAUAUUUUUUAGAUGGUUAAAAAUUAUUUUUUUCCUUGUUUACCUUUAUUAUCCCACAGGGAUCAGACACAGUUAUGAGCAAAAACGAAGGGGAGCUACGUCAGAAAAUAACGCGGCACUUAUUAGUUUUUCUUUAUUGUAGGAUGUGUUGAAAUUGUCUUACUUUAGUUCUGUAAAGUAAUUGUAAACAACUUUAACUGAUCAGAAAAGAUCUUCUGCAGCUCUACGUCUCAUCCCCCGUCGUGGAAAGUUAGCAUUAGCAUAAAUUAGAAGAAGAUAAUCUUAAUUAUCGUCAGUGAAGUACCUGUAACAUUUGAUCUAAGAGGGGAAAACGAAUACAAACAGGUUGGAUAUUUAUAAAAUAAAUGGAUAAAUUUCAGUUGCAAUUGGUUAGAUUUCUUUUCAUUAUUUAUGUAAAAUAGCUACAAACAGAGUUCAUCUGUCAGCUUUGCUGUUCUAAACCACAGACAUAAUAUACAGUAUAACCGGAAAUCACGUUUGUGUGACGUCACGUGAAAAGGGUCUAUUUCUUUGGGAAAAUAGACAGGAAGCCAUGAUUUGAUGUUGGACUUUGUGUCCCAUUAACAAUGAGUGAAUGAAACAAAUAGUUGAAAUUAUUUAAAAUUUGUAUUUAUUUUUGGCUUGCUAAAGUAAAAAAAAAAACUGUUGCUAACUGCUGUAAGGAAAACAAUAAAAAAUAAAGUUUUUUCUUGUUUUUCUUUUUUAAA